AUGGCGGACCCGAAUACGCACCCGUGGGGUCACUACUGCGGCAACUCAACAGACUCGUCGGCCAACGGAACGAUCGAUAUUUGGAAGCCUGUGUGUGGUUGGGUGAGUGCAGGCAACGACAGAGGGACCAUCGACAUUCUUUGGUCCAGUAACCUGACCAUCUUUCUUUGUGUCUGGGUAGCGACUCAUCCCAACGCGCUGGGGCACGGAGAAAAGUGGUGGCACGCUGCCAUCGACAAAUUCAACCUUGCCGCGAUCGGCCUUCUCGGACCCGAUUUUCUUUUUGGUAUUGCAGUUGGACAGCUUGCUAGUGCUAGAAAAAGUGUCAAGGUUCGUUGCAUACAGGUGCACAUGAAGGGCAAUGGGGUGGUUCUCGAUUUGCUACAUAUGGAGGCAAUGGCGAUUUCUGAACGCAACAGUGUCGACGCUCUUUCCAGAAUCAUUACGGUGUGGCAGGCUAUCCUGUUCUGCAUCAAAGAAGGGGAUCGACUCCGGCUGGGUUUGCCCAUCACACCUUUAGAGCUAACUGCUCUUUCGUUCACCUUCGUCAUGUUUUCAACUUCUAUUUGCUGGUUCUACAAACCUAACAUAACGUGCCCGCAAGACAUUGAAACCGAAACUGCGAUUGAAUUCAUCAGGAAGAAAGCACGACAGACUUCGCCAGGAGUUUAG